AUGCGAAGAUUUCAAGCUUUGCGAGGAGUACAGCAACAUGUUCCAUCUAAUAUUCCUUCUUCAUCAAUACCAGUACUAACACAUGAACAACAGCAACGAUCAUUCUCACAACCUAUACGACAACGGCUACCACUUUCACAACCUGAACAACGAAAUCAGCAGCAAAAACAGCACAAACAAAAAAAGACGAAUAAAUCUCGAGGCAAUCGUAAACUGCAACGAUUCAGAGCAAAACUUCGUAAACGAGGAUUAAGUCGUGAAACAAUUGCAACAUUAAUCAAUAAUUAUAAUACUAGCGAACAAGGAAAUAAUGAUGAACAAUCGACUGUUUCUAAUAUGGAUGUAGAACAACUUAUAUCUACACGUAAUCAUGUAGAAAAUGAAAAUAUUCAACGUACCACGACGAUAACUAAACGUAAACGAGAAAUAAGACCAACAACAGGUGUCACAACAUCAAUGAGUCAAAUGUCACUUUCUCAUCUUCCAACAAAACGACAACGUUCAACUACGACGAAAAACAAUGUUAUAAGUAAGAAGAAAACUGACAACAAUCCAACAGUAACAGAUAAUAAACCUAAAUAUUUAAAAGUGCCUGAUCAAAUAUUUAAAGAUAUGUUAUCAAAAGCAUUGGUAGGAGAACAGAAUAUCAUUGAAUUAUUAUUAGACACACCAGAAAAAUUACAAUUCGUCCGUACAUAUACUCAUUUACUUAAUAAUGUCUUUUAUCUCAAAUUAGAAGAAAACUUUUGGGAACAUUAUAAUACUGUAUGUAUGUCGGAAGAUAUUUGGUCUGUACCUAUGGUAAAAGAUAUGGCUAAACAGAAUAAUCUUUGUCGAUUUAAAUUUAAAACAAAAAUUCAACUUGAACGACAUUAUGCACUGAUUGUUAAACGAUUACGGGAAGCAGAAAAUAAACUGGAUCAACACAAGCAACAGCCAAUGAAUAGAUCCUUUGAUAUGAAUAAAUUAUCAGCAAUUCUUACUGCUUUUGUUCGUCAAGGUCAACAUAAACUAUCGAAAGAAUUUGAACGAAAAAAAUUAAUAGUACAAUAUGAUGCUAAUGAUCAUCGUUUUGUUAAAGCAUUUUAUCAUUUGAAACCAACUGAAAAUCAGAUUCGUUCUGCUAAAAUUAUUUGGCAAGCUGUAAAAGAUAAACUACAAGCUGAAGAAGAUGUCGCCAUUCUUAAACAACGUAUCUAUGCUAAACGAUUACCUUCAUCUUUUAGUAUUCUUGAUCAUUCUAUUGAUCAAAUGGAAAAUAUGUUAAAACAACCAGCAAUCAAUCAAGAUAAACGUGCAACAUUAUCAUUUCGUCGACUUAAAACAAUUGCACAAUUUAAAUAUGAUAUAAUGGUAUUAACUAUUAGUACAGCUGAAGAGACAGUUCGAAGUCAUACAAAUAUUAUUGCAAAUGAAAAGAAAAAGUUAAUUGAUAGUGCAAACGGACAAAUACCUAUUCCUAAAUCACUCAUUGAAUUAAUGAAUGCUAUUGCAGCACGUCAAAGUAAUAUAGUACAACGUAGUCAACUUAUUCUUAAACAAAAAUUAUCGGUUUUCGACGACGCUCCGAUGGUAGUAAACAUGGCUGGUACCGUCGGAGCAAUGUAA